UUGGAUGGAUAUGAUGCGAUGCUCUUGCGUGUGAAAGUGUCUGCUUUGGUCUCUAAGCAGCUACAGGGAUUUCGGUUCGGAUGAGAGAUUAGCAAGAGGAGGAGGAGGAGGAGAGGAGGAGGAGGAGCGCCCGGGAUCAGAACAACUGUAUCCUCUGGACCAUCGCAUCUAUUUCUGGCAGCGGCCCGUCGAUUCUCCGUGGAAGCCGGGGACUGGAUUUAAAAUGUCGCAGGAAUCUGCUGAAAGCAUGAUGAGAGCAGGAGGAGGAGCAGAGAGGGACAGAGAGCCCUCCCUGGCACAGGACAGGUUUUAAUUAACCAGCUGGAUGCUCUCAAAAUCGAGUGGCUUGUGUGGUUAGGAGGUGAUGGCAGUGCUGAAUGAGCUUCACUGCUACUACCUCCCGUUCCUACUGAUGGACAGCCCCCUCCUACACCCCUGAGCGUGCAUACGGCAGCACCGUCUUCCCCACAUCUCCCUCUGCCUCUCCCUCUCUUCCCUUGCACAUUUCCCACUUCUUCCUCCAUCACUCUCUUUUCACCCUCACCCAACUCGCUUUCCUCUUGUCACUCUUUCUCGCUCUCUUUCCUUUGGUACCACCAUCCAGUUUCCCACUGGGAUUGUCAAAGUGUAAACAUAUCGAUAUUAUCUUUCUUUAUCAUGGCGUGCUGCGGUCGCUCUCUGGACUCUCCAUGCACACUAGCGUUGCUGGUGGGCUUCCAGUUUGCCUUUGUGCUCUAUUUCUCCCUGGGGGGCUUCAGAGGCCUCGUGUCUGUUCUGGUCCACACCACCGAGCCAGAGUUUGACUAUUCUCGACCCCACGAUGUCUACACCAACCUCAGCCACCUGGGAGUACCACCGCCUCCUCCUCGCAACUCUGGCACUGGACCCCCUGUCACCGGGCCACCAUUGAGGGACUGCCAGAUCCCUUCGCCACUGCUGGUUGGACCUGUGUCUGUCCACCUCUCCUCUCCUCUGUCCCUGGAGGAGAUCAGGCAGAGGAACCCGUUGGUAUUGCCAGGUGGACGCUACCGGCCCCCAGACUGUGAGCCCCGUCACCACACGGCCAUAGUGGUGCCGUACCGGAACCGGCAGACUCACCUGCGCGCCCUCCUAUACCACCUUCACCCUUUCCUGCAGAGACAGCAGAUUCACUACAGCAUCUACAUUGUGCAGCAGUGGGGGAACGGUACUUUCAAUCGUGCCAAGCUGCUGAAUGUCGGGGUGCGUGAGGCCCUGCGGGACGAGGACUGGGGCUGCAUCUUCCUCCAUGAUGUUGAUCUGCUGCCUGAGAAUGACCACAACACUUACACCUGCCACAAACAGUUCCCUACACACCUGUCUGUGGCCAUGGACAAAUUUAGAUACAGGUUGCCAUACCCACAGUAUUUUGGUGGGGUGUCUGCAGUCACGCCAGACCAAUACAUGAAGAUGAAUGGCUUUCCAAACCACUACUGGGGCUGGGGCGGAGAGGAUGACGACAUUGCGGCCAGAGUGCGUCUGUCUGGCAUGAAGAUCGUACGCCCUCCAGUGGCCAUUGGUCAUUACAAGAUGAUAAAGCAUAAAGGAGACCGAGGCAACGAGCAAAACCCACGCAGGUUUGACCUACUGAAAAGGACCAGACUUAACUGGCGCUCUGAUGGUCUCAACUCUCUUACAUACGACCUCCUUUCCAAAGAGCUGGAGCCCCUCUACACCAACCUGACGGUCAACAUCGGGGAAGACCCCCGCCUGCCCCAGAGGAAGAUACCAACCGCCAGGAAACCGACACCUCCUGGCCCCCAACAUAACACUAGUGACGAUGGAAACACCGCCAAACUGGAAGAGAGACAAGAGAGCAAAAGAGCUUUGGAAGCAAAUGUGACUAUGGCCAAGCUGGGUCGUGAAAAGACAGAUCCUGCCCAGCCAGUGGCACUGAAUCAGACAAAACAGGAGACAGGUGUCGUGAAAUAGGAUGAGGUGUUAGAAACAAGGGCUGCAUCUCGUCUGUAGAAUAAAGUGGCUUCUCUUUCACUUCUCUGAUCUGAGACACAAUAUGGAGGAAAGCAUUGUAGCAAAUCUCUUCUGCUGUGGGACUCACGCACACCAGCUCUUUGACCAGUGCAGGUUAAAGGAAAGAAGGCAGUCGAUCAAAUGAGGAAGCCACUUUUCUCUACAGAGAUGCAUUCAGGAACACCAUUGAGUCACCUCUCCUUGGUUUAUCAUCCGCAGAAUGUGACUCUAGUGACGCCCUAAUGACUUCACAGCGUUGAUCCAAGUCGGCGGUCGCUUUCUUAACUGUAUUCGGACCAGGAGAAGUACUGUACGGUGAUUUUUCUCAGCGACUUGGUCAUGUCCUCGUGCAGUUCCAAAACAAAGCUAGACAAAAAAUCUGCGAGUGCAAAUACAUAAAUCUCUGCUCUGUUCCAGACAUCACAAGUUGUAAGCAACCAGUCUGUUGCCAGCAGACUUGCAGCUUCAUCCAGUGUGCUCCCAGAAACUGCUGCUGUCAGUCUGCCACCCUCCAUGGUGGGUUUGUGUUUCUGUGCCUUCUCUCUUUUAUGCGCAUUUUAUAGAUUGGUAUAGUUGCUUUCAGAUGCUGACCUGGGGUUAGUUUUGCUUCUCUUGCCUCAUGGUGAAGGGUGAAUAAAGGGGGGCUGAAGCUUAUCCUCGAUCAGAACAAAUGAUUUGUCGCCAGACUGCCGUUUUCUAUUUGCGUGCAUUGAUCAGCGCUGACCAACUCCAUUGGUAUCAGACAAUUCUAGAAUUUAUAUUUCUAUAGAGAGAUUUCUUUAUUUGUUUACUGUUUUGAUUUACUUGUCCUUCUUUACUGUCUGGUGCCUCUUUCUGAGUUUUAGUUUCUAGACAAUCAAAUCACACGAGAAGAUAACUCUGUUUUCGACCACCUAACAAAGUGGGGAAAUAUUAUCAUGACUAUCUUUACGCCUGUCAGAUAACCAUAGACGUGGCAUGAUAGUUGUUGUCUGGUUUGAAUAUACUCUUGAUACAUGAAAAUAGACCUGUGCUUCUGAUUAUUGGUGAUUUUAUUUUCUUCUAGAGUAGUCAGGUUUGGUAAAAGCAAAACAAACAUGCAUACAGGAAAACAUUGUAGACAUGUGACUACAUGUUUGUCAGUUUCUCAUGUGUUUUAAUACUGUAUGGAAGUGGUCACAGUUAUAAUAACGCACUGUGUAUAGGUUUAGGUUAGCUUCUUACUGGAGGACCCAGCUUCUUCAAAGAAGGUUUAUCAGUUCAAUACACAACUGGUGCAGCGCCUCAAUACUGUACUGUCCUUGUCUUUCUUCCUUCACUUGAACUGACCUCGUAUGCCAAGGAAAGGAGACAAGAUGGGAGGAAGCGGUUUUGUUGGACUGAGAAUUCAUACUCGAAUCACUAGUGCCGCUGCAUUAGGACAUGCAUAUAGAUAACUCUAUAGACAGAGAAACUGUCAUGUAUAUCUGUUACUCAACAGCCGCUAGAAGUCCCAGUGCUUCAUCUCGGAGACGUUCAGUUUGUUUUCACAUUAAACAUAUGGAAUGUAUCGUUUAAACUUGUCAUGCUAGUUUUGGUUUAAAGUAAUAGCUUAGCGAAGGAAAAGUUUAUGAGGUUAGGUGGCUAGUUUGUGAAGGAGACUUGAAACUGAUCAAUCAUAGACCACUGGAUUUCCUGCUGCUGUUUGACUGCAAAAAUAGUUAACUGUAUAAUGAAAAUGGCUUGAAAAACUACAUACUGUAACAUUACUUUUAUGAGACCAGAAGAGCGUC